AUGGAUGGCAAUCUUUCCACGCAUGGUGAUGAUGACAACCAGUUCCUGUACGAGUUAAAUCUCGACAUGGCCUCCGACAGCGACGGCGCCACGGGUAACUCGCCUGAUGGCAACACCUGGGUCACCCACCCGACCGCUGUCGAUGAAGUUUUCCAGCAGCAACAAUCCGAGUUCAUUACCCCGGUCCCCCCAGGGCCGGAUGGUACCUUUUCCGAUUGGUCCAGCCCCGGUGUUCCACCCGACUGGACCAACGCCGACGCCUCGUCCGGCCUCUUCGCGAGCCUCCCAGACCCCUCCGCACACCCGUUCGGCGGCGCUUUACCGUACCGGGGGGGGCCGGCAACGUCGUUCAACAACGUGGGAGGGCAGUCCAUGGUUGUACCGACAAUCCCCCCGACCAUGCGCAAGGAGUUGGCGGAGGACACUCUGCUCAGAACGCUCCGGGACGCCGGGUUUGGGUAUUCGACAAUCGCAAAGGAAUUUCUAACGCAGCUGGGCGUCAGGAUCAGCGCCAACGCCCUGGUGAAGAGGUACCAGAAGAUGCCCAAGACCUGCGAGGGUGUGGUAGCCCAAGCGAUGAGAAACAUCAUGCACAAGGUCAUGGAGGAGCUUUACGCCGAGUUGCCUCGCGUGGACGACGGCACUCUUUCCGCCGAGCAGAAGCAGCUGGUGAAGCGCAUGGUGCAAGAGCUCGCCCGGAUUCUCCCCGGCUGCGUCCGCAGCAGCCUGUCGCGCACGCGCAAGCGCACGCGCAGGAGCAAGCAGCCUUCCGCAUCCUUGUGA